AUGGCUACUCAGAAGCAGCUAAGGUUGAUCUAUGACACAGUAGAUAACCAUCUCAAGUAUUAUGAUACAACAUUUGCCGCUUACUUGAAGCUCCGGCAGGAAAUCCUCCUCGUCAACUCAACAAUCAUUAGAGAACUCAACCAAGAUGAGGCCGAUCAAGUGUCAAGCACCCCCAGAAAGUUGUCUUCCAAAUUGUCUUUCAAACUACACCAGCUACAACUUGAAUUGCUGAAGACCGAGCUAACCUAUAAAACGCACAUGCAAGAACUCGACAAUUUUUUGCAAAUUCAAAAGACAAUGAAACCAGAUAUCAUAACAGGCAUCAAGCUGCAGCUAGAAGAAGUAACGAAACGAGAUCAGGAGUUGGUGGCACGAAUAAACGAUAUCGAAACCAUGCAGAAACCGCUAUUGGACAGGAUCACCGCUCUAACCAAGAGCUUCAACUCGAAUCUAGUUUCGUCGACUGCCAGGACAAUGUACCCGACAAUGAUCCACAUGCUAGGCAAGGACGAGUCCAAGCGUGAAAAGGAAUCCAUGGAGAUAGAUUUCAAGUCGCUAGUGUUUGAUACAAAGGAGCUCCAACGACAAUUUACGGACUUGACCGAGUCGAAAAUCACGCAAACCACCAACAUUUCGGAAUUUAUUGGUUCAAACACGAGACUAUUUGACAAAUUGAACGACGAUGAAGACGACUCCAGUAUAAUCUACAAGCUUUCAAGGUCAGCAUUGCAUGAUCUCGGUGCUACAACCACGUUGGAAGAGUAUGAUUGCCUCAUUGCCAAAACAAUCGAGCAAAUCCAAACAUUGCAAAACGAAGGCGAAUCGACUCGUUUAAGUUGGGAAUCCAACGCUGACAAAGUGAUCCAAUUCAGUGCCAUCAUCAGGGAUUCAUCAGGUGACGGAGAUACCGAGAUGGGUUCAUGA